UCAGAGUCUAUGACGCUGUGUCCCACGUGCCGCUAUUCAUGCGUAUACGCAUUUAAAAAUAGUACUUUUCUCACGUCUAGACCGCGCUCGUCGAUUUCUAAGUGAAAAUCAUUGGAAAUAUUUGAAAAUGCGUGAAAUAGUGCAUUUACAGGCUGGUCAGUGCGGUAACCAAAUAGGUUCUAAGUUCUGGGAGAUAAUAUCGGACGAGCACGGCAUCGACCCGACCGGCCACUAUAAGGGCGACAGCGACCUGCAGCUAGAGCGUAUCCAGGUGUACUACAACGAGGCCAAUGACGGUAAACGCUUCGUCCCGCGCGCUGUGCUGGUGGACCUGGAGCCGGGAACAAUGGACGCCAUCCGGUCGUCCGGGUACGGCCAGCUGUUCCGGCCGGACAACUACGUGUUCGGACAGAGCGGCGCUGGUAAGUCAUACUAA